AUGUACUCUCUCAAUACAUCAGUUCUGUCAAAUCAUCGGCCAACAUGCCCUCAUGGGCAACCACCUAACAAGCUCUACUUCGCAUACGGAAGCAAUAUGAGCGUUGCCCAGAUGGCCCAACGGUGUCCUGGAAGCGUCUUCAAGGGACCUGCCAUUCUCGAUUCAUUCCGAUGGCACAUUAAUGAGCGAGGCGUAGCCAAUGUGCUCAAGUCAGACGACAAUCACUCAGUUGAGGGUCUUCUCUACACAGUCACCCCCAAAGACGAAAGUGCAUUGGAUCGCAAUGAAGGGGUUUCCAAAGGCUUCUACCACAAGCAUCUCGCAAUGGUGUCAGUCCAGCCUCACGGACAGUAUACAGACUUCAAGACGGCCAGAUUGGCCCUUUUACUGAAACAACGGCGCCAGGAAAUAGGUGAUUCAUCUAACGACAGGACUUCAAGGCGCUCCUUAUGGACUAAAGUCCCAGCACUUGUAUACGUCAGUGAGGAUUACGUCAGAGAUGGCCCAAUUAGAGACGAAUACAUUCCGAGGAUGCAAAAUGCUGUUAAUGAUGCUGUGUGUCUGGGCGUAUCGAAGCCAUUCGUGAGCAAAAGCAUUGCUCCCUUUCUCCAACGACCAGCGACCUUAUCGAUAGGGAAUCAUCAGCUAGAACAGAAGAAAGUGCAAGAGAAAGGACCGGAAACGGAACAUCGGGACACUGUAACUAUCAAGGGGACCUCUCAAGAGAACAGUGUCAAUGGUGAGGCGAGUUACGAUACAAAAAAGACGAAUAGACUCGAACGAGAAGUGUCCCAGAGCGAACCUGCAAAGACGAGACGUCUCCAAGCCGACAGGAUUGAUCUUCUGAGGUACGAUGAUUGCCUUUGCGUGUUCCCUGUCGAGAUGUUGGACGCCAUAGAUAAGGCCGCCAAGGUCUGCGGGCCUGCGAACACAUUAAGCGACUACUAUGUUAUCCUUGAAAGGAUGACAUCAGUUGAAAAAAGCCUCAGCAUUGUCGCAAAUGCAAGGAACGCCUGUCAAGCUAAUAAGCAAAUUAUCAAGGUGUUCAAGGAUAUUCUCAAGACGGAAGUAAAGUCUUCUGAGGUAUCAUCUGAAGAUCUGGACGUUACGGCCGUUAGACAGGAAUAUCCAGCCUGGGGAACAGCCAUGGUUGGUAGUACGGGUUGA